AUGUUCAAUGUUCCAGCUUCCUUUAAAUUUGAAGAAGUGCUCAUGGGCGCUUUACCCCAUGUCGACGCACACAAGGAUUGUAGGGCUGCCAUUGUUCUACUUGUGCUCUCCUUCUCCAUGGCGGCUGCUCCUCCAGCAACUAUUGAGGUGGAAGAGAUAAAAGCCGAACCUAUUACGCUGGCAGCAGUGUCAGCAAAUCUCCUCCCUUUUGAGAACGAAAUAGACUUCGAGAUGCGGCAUAAAACUUUGGAUUCAAGCACAGGUCCCACGGGCCCCAUCCCAAACCUAUACUUCACCGCCGUAGAAGCUGUGAUGACUCCAAACAUUGAUUUGGAUGAAUAG